AUGCAGUUCACCUCAGUUUUCACCAUGCUUCUUGCUGGUGCCGCCUUCACUAUCGCUGCCCCUGGCAACCCAACCUACGGUGGUGCCAGCGGAGGUAGCCAAGGUGGCAUGAGCCCUGGCGGCCAGGGUGGAAUGGGUGGCGGAUCUGGCUCCGGUGGCUCCGGUUCUGGCGGUCCCAGCGCUGGUGGCUCCGGCUCCGGCGGCUCUGGUAUGGGCGCGGGCAGCUACCAGGGAGGCAUGGGUGGCUCCGGUGGCAGCGAGAAGAGCCCAAUGGGCGGCUCAGGUGGCUCUGGCAGCCAGAUGGGCGGCUCAGGCGGCUCCGGUGGCUCUGGCAACCAGGGUCGCUCUGGCGGACAGCCAUACUUCUGCGGAAAGGUCAACGGCCUUCAGGGAAGCCCACAGUGCUGCCAGACCAACGUCCUUGGUGUUGCCAGCUUGACCUGCUCUCCACCAUCAAGCAGCAUGUUCACCCAGCAGGAGUUCAGCAAGGACUGCGCCAAGAACGGACGCGUUGCCAGCUGCUGUGUUCUUCCAGCCGCCGGUCUCGGUGUUGCUUGCCAGGACCUCAACGGCAACAUGCUCUCUUAG